AUGGGCUCUAUCGAUGAGAACCCCGUUUUCGGCUUUUCGGCCAGCAAGCUACCUCUACAACUCUUCAUCAACAAUGAAUAUGUUGACGCAAAAAAACACCGAGACCAUCACAGUCUCCAAUCCCAAGGAGACUCGCUAGUUUCCGAUAAAGUGCCUGUCGCCGGCGCAGAGGAUGUUGAUGCGGCCUUCGCCCAUCUUCUCGAUAAAAAUAUCAUGGCUCUGGCAGAGCUGAGGAGAAUUACGCUCGGUGCGCCUUAUGGGACAUUUGGCAAGUUGGAAACUGGCAUGGCCGCGGAGUCAUUCCGCUACAAUGCAGGCUGGAUUGACAAAUUUGCUGGGGAGGCGCACCCUCAAGAAGAUGGGUUUAUGAAGAUCACUCGCCAUGAGCCCUUGGGUGUGACUGCAGGAAUCGUCCCGUGGAACGCUCCGCUGGGCACGGUUGGUCUCAAGGCCGCUCCGGCGCUGGCAACGGGUAAUUGUUUCAUCCUGAAACCCUCGAAGACGCCGUUUGCUGCGCUGGCCUUGGGCCUCUUGAUAAAAGAGGCCGGCUUCCCGCCUGGUGUUUUUCAGGUCUUGUCAGACGCUGGGCCGACGGGAGCUCCCCUCGCACGACACAUGCGUAUUCGGAAGGUUAGCUUCACUGGGUCCAUUGGCACCGGGAAACUGAUCCAGAAGAUGGCUGCCGAAUCAAACCUCAAGCGAGUCACCCUUGACCUCGGAGAAACCAACACUGGUCAGGUUUGCUUUGCCGCCUCGCGUGUCUACGUGCAGGAAGGUAUAGUGGACAAGUUCACCGAGAAAUACAAGGCAGCCUUGGAGGAGCGCGCCAAAUCAAUCAAUGACCCUGAAGAGCCAACGACGCUGAUGGGACCCCUGGUGGACGAGGCCCAGUUCCGACGUGUGACGGGUUUUAUCGAGCGAGGUGCACAGCAUGGAGCCAUUCUCACGGGAGGGAAGCGCGUUGGUGAGAAGAAAUACUUCAUCCAACCUACCGUCUUCACAAAUGUCGCGUCCGUUGCCGAGCUGUACAAAGAAGAAAUAUUUGGUCCGGUGUCUAUUCUCAACUCCUUCAAGACAGAAGACGAAGUGCUCCAGGAGGCUAAUGCCACAGAGUACAGACUUAUGGCUGGUGUCUUCACUCAAGACAUCAACAAGGCCAUGCGAAUGGCUAGCAACUUUGAUUCUGGAAUGGUCGGCACUAACUGCGUUAGCCUGAGUAUGCUGAACAUACCCUUUGGUGGCAGCAAGCAGAGUGGUCUUGGUCGUGAAUGUGGACGUGCUGCCCUUGAACAUUUUACCGAGCCGAAGACUAUUAUGAUGAACUUGACAUACUAA